UUAGGACGGCCCUGUCUCGUGGAGGAACUGGUUUACGCACGGGGCUCAGUAGUAGUUGAAAUGGACUACAUUUCUUAGCGGAUGUGCCGAGUUUCUGAUUCAGGACUGGUGUAGGGGGGCUACUGAAACUGAAUGGGAGCAGUCACUGGAUUUGUGUGAUACCAGCGCAAGCCACCCAGACUACCUACUACAGCCCAUCAUAUUUGACUUUUGGGGACGUUUAGGGCACAAACGGAACAAGAUCGCCUCUACUGCUCCUGCUGUCCCCUUCCCCUUUCCUUCCUCGCGGAUUCUUCAGAAAGAUAAAUCCUCCAGAAAUGGCUCAGAUACUGCCGAUACGAUUUCAGGAACAUCUGCAGUUGCAGAACAUGGGCGUGAACCCAGCCAACAUUGGGUUCAGCUAUCUGACAAUGGAGUCGGACAAGUUCAUCUGCAUCAGAGAGAAGGUGGGGGAGCAGAACCAGGUGGUGAUUGUGGACAUGUCUGACCCCACCAACCCAAUCAGGAGGCCUAUCUCAGCUGACAGUGCCAUCAUGAACCCUGCGAGCAAGGUCAUCGCCCUGAAAGCUGCCAAGACGCUGCAGAUCUUCAACAUUGAGAUGAAGAGUAAGGUGAAGGCUCACACUAUGACCGAAGAGGUCAUGUUCUGGAAGUGGAUAUCGGUAAACACUGUCGCCUUGGUGACGGAUACGGCCGUCUAUCACUGGAGCAUGGAGGGGGAUUCCCAACCUGCCAAGGUAUUCGAUCGGCACGCCAGUCUGGCCGGAUGUCAGAUCAUCAACUACAGAACUGACGAACAACAGAAGUGGCUACUGCUGAUAGGGAUUUCUGCGCAGCAAAACCGUGUGGUCGGGGCGAUGCAGCUGUAUUCUGUUGAUAGGAAAGUGUCCCAGCCCAUCGAAGGCCACGCUGCUGCAUUCGGGGAUUUCAAAGUGGAGGGAAAUGCCAAACCCUCCACCCUCUUCUGCUUUGCUGUGCGCUCACAGGCUGGGGGAAAGUUGCACAUCAUUGAAGUUGGUCAGCCAGCUGCAGGAAACCAACCAUUUGCUAAGAAAGCAGUGGAUGUGUUUUUCCCUCCAGAGGCCCAGACAGACUUUCCUGUAGCUAUGCAGAUUGGUAGUAAGCAUGGUGUCAUAUAUUUGAUCACAAAGUACGGAUACAUUCACCUGUAUGACCUGGAGUCUGGAGUGUGUAUCUACAUGAACCGGAUCAGUGCGGAGACCAUCUUUGUAACCGCACCUCAUGAAGCCACCUCGGGAAUUAUUGGGGUCAACAAGAAGGGACAGGUCUUGUCAGUGUGUGUUGAAGAGGAAAACAUUGUGAACUAUGCCACCAACGUCCUGCAGAACCCUGAUCUAGCCUUGAGGAUGGCUGUGAGGUCAAACCUGGCUGGGGCUGAGGAGAUUUUUGCCAGGAAGUUCAACACUCUGUUUUCACAGGGAAGUUAUUCAGAGGCUGCAAAGGUUGCAGCAUUAGCACCCAAGGGUAUCCUGCGGACGGCAGAGACCAUCCGUAAGUUUCAGAGUGUCCCGGCCCAGCCAGGCCAGGCCUCUCCACUGUUGCAGUACUUUGGUAUUUUGCUGGACCAGGGCCAGCUCAACAAGUUUGAGUCUUUGGAGCUGUGCAGACCCGUCCUGCAGCAAGGCCGCAAGCAACUCCUGGAGAAAUGGCUGAAGGAGGACAAGCUGGAGUGCUCAGAAGAGCUGGGAGACCUUGUGAAGGCGUCUGACCCCACCCUCGCUCUUAGUGUGUACCUCCGUGCUAACGUCCCCAACAAGGUGAUCCAGUGCUUCGCUGAGACUGGCCAGUUCCAGAAGAUAGUGCUUUAUGCUAAAAAGGUGGGCUACACCCCAGACUGGGUGUUUUUGCUGAGAAAUGUGAUGCGUGUCAAUCCAGACCAGGGACUGCAGUUUGCCCAGAUGCUGGUCCAGGAUGAGGAGCCACUGGCCAACAUCAACCAGAUCGUAGAUGUGUUCAUGGAGGGCAGCCUGAUCCAACAGUGCACUUCCUUCCUGUUGGAUGCCCUGAAGAACAACCGCCCAGCCGAAGGACACUUGCAGACACGUCUGCUUGAGAUGAACCUCAUACAUGCCCCCCAGGUAGCGGAUGCAAUCCUGGGGAACCAGAUGUUCACCCACUAUGAUCGUGCCCACGUUGCUCAGCUGUGUGAGAAGGCAGGCCUGCUGCAGAGAGCUCUUGAACACUACACUGACCAGUAUGAUAUCAAACGAGCCGUGGUGCACACACAUCUGCUCAACCCUGAGUGGCUGGUCAACUUCUUUGGCUCUUUAUCAGUAGAAGACUCGUUGGAGUGUUUAAGGGCCAUGUUGUCGGCCAACAUCAGACAGAACCUGCAGCUGUGUGUCCAGGUAGCGUCUAAGUAUCAUGAGCAGCUGGGGACACAGUCGUUAGUGGAGCUCUUUGAAUCCUUCAAGAGCUACGAGGGCUUGUUCUACUUCCUUGGGUCGAUUGUGAAUUUCAGCCAGGAGCCUGACGUUCACUUUAAGUACAUCCAGGCUGCUUGUAAAACUGGUCAGAUCAAAGAAGUGGAGAGAAUCUGUAGAGAGAGCAACUGCUACGACCCGGAGAGGGUGAAAAAUUUCCUCAAGGAGGCCAAGCUAACUGACCAGCUUCCUCUUAUCAUCGUGUGUGAUCGCUUUGACUUCGUCCAUGACCUGGUGCUCUACCUCUACCGCAACAAUCUGCAGAAAUACAUUGAAAUCUACGUACAGAAAGUGAAUCCCAGUCGCUUACCGGUGGUGAUAGGUGGUCUGUUGGAUGUAGACUGUGCUGAGGAUGUCAUUAAGAACCUGAUCAUGGUGGUCAGAGGGCAGUUUUCCACUGAUGAGCUGGUGGAGGAGGUAGAGAAGAGGAACAGGUUAAAACUUCUAUUGCCAUGGCUGGAGUCCCGUAUCCAUGAAGGAUGUGAGGAGCCAGCUACCCACAACGCCUUGGCCAAGAUCUACAUUGACAGCAACAACACACCGGAGCGCUUCCUAAAGGAGAACCCGUUCUACGACAGCGCCGUGGUUGGAAAAUACUGCGAGAAGAGAGACCCCCAUCUGGCCUGUGUGGCUUAUGAGAGAGGACAGUGCGAUCUGGACCUCAUCAAAGUGUGCAAUGAGAACUCGUUAUUCAAGAGUGAGGCUCGAUAUCUGGUACGACGGAAAGAUCCAGAGCUUUGGGCGAACGUGUUGGAAGAAAACAACCCCUUCAGAAGACAACUAAUCGACCAGGUGGUGCAGACAGCUCUGUCAGAGACCCAGGACCCAGAGGAGGUGUCAGUCACAGUCAAGGCCUUCAUGACUGCAGACCUGCCCAACGAGCUAAUUGAGCUGCUGGAGAAGAUUGUACUUGAUAACUCUGUCUUCAGUGAACACCGAAACCUCCAGAACCUGCUGAUUUUGACGGCCAUCAAGGCAGAUCGCACUCGUGUGAUGGAGUACAUUAACAGGCUAGACAACUAUGAUGCUCCAGACAUUGCUAAUAUUGCCAUCAGCAACGAGCUCUUUGAAGAAGCGUUUGCCAUUUUCAAGAAAUUCGAUGUCAACACCUCAGCUAUACAGGUUUUGAUAGAGCACAUAGGGAACUUAGAUCGUGCCUAUGAGUUUGCUGAGCGCUGUAAUGAGCCCGCAGUGUGGAGCCAGUUAGCCAGAGCUCAGCUGCAAAGAGACCUGGUCAAGGAGGCCAUUGACUCGUAUAUUAAAGCUGUUGACCCUUCAGCGUACAUGGAGGUGGUCAACGCAGCCAGCAAGAACAAUAACUGGGAAGACUUGGUCAAAUUCCUCCAGAUGGCUCGGAAGAAAGCAAGAGAGUCGUACGUGGAGACAGAGCUGAUCUUUGCUCUAGCUAAAACGAACCGUCUGGCUGAGCUGGAAGAGUUUGUCAGUGGGCCCAACAAUGCUCACAUACAACAGGUGGGCGAUAGAUGUUAUGAGGAGGGUAUGUAUGAAGCAGCCAAGCUCUUGUACAACAAUGUGUCCAAUUUUGCUCGCCUUGCUUCAACUCUAGUCCACCUCGGAGAGUACCAGGCAGCCGUGGACAGCGCCAGGAAAGCCAACAGCACACGGACGUGGAAGGAGGUGUGUUUUGCAUGUGUGGAUGGCGAGGAGUUUCGGCUGGCACAAAUCUGUGGCCUUCACAUAGUGAUCCACGCUGAUGAGCUGGAGGACCUGAUCAGCUACUAUCAGGACCGCGGGUACUUUGAGGAACUCAUUGCUCUUCUGGAGGCUGCGCUGGGUCUGGAGCGUGCCCACAUGGGCAUGUUCACCGAGCUCGCCAUCCUCUACUCAAAGUUCAAACCUCAGAAGAUGAGGGAGCACCUGGAGCUCUUCUGGUCCAGAGUCAACAUCCCAAAGGUCCUCCGUGCAGCAGAGCAGUCUCAUUUAUGGGCAGAGCUGGUUUUCCUUUAUGAUAAAUAUGAAGAGUUUGACAAUGCCGUCCUCACAAUGAUGUCUCAUCCAACCGACGCGUGGAAAGAAGGGCUGUUCAAAGAUAUUAUUGCUAAGGUUGCCAAUGUGGAGUUGUACUAUAAAUCUCUUUCCUUCUACCUGGAAUACAAACCUCUCCUACUGAAUGACCUGCUGACCAUUCUGUCUCCACGGUUGGACCACAGCCGAGCUGUCAACUUUUUCAGCAAGGUGAACCAGCUGAAGUUGGUCAAGCCUUACCUGAGGUCUGUCCAGAAUCACAACAACAAGUCAGUAAACGAAGCCCUCAACAACCUGCUGACAGAGGAGGAAGACUACCAGGGCCUAAGAGCAUCCAUUGAUGCCUAUGACAACUUUGAUACCAUUGCCCUGGCACAGAGGUUAGAGAAACAUGAACUGAUUGAGUUCAGACGCAUUGCUGCCUACCUGUACAAGGGCAACAACCGCUGGAGACAGAGUGUAGAGCUCUGCAAGAAGGACAAACUCUACAAGGAUGCCAUGCUGUACGCCGCAGAGUCUAAGGAAGCUGAGCUGGCAGAGACUCUGCUCCAGUGGUUCCUGGAGGAGGGCAGGAAGGAGUGCUUUGCUGCCUGCCUGUUCGCCUCCUAUGACCUGCUGCACCCCGACGUUGUGCUGGAGCUUGCAUGGAGGCAUAACAUCAUGGACUUUGCUAUGCCGUACUUCAUCCAGGUCAUGAGAGAGUACCUGACAAAGGUUGAUGAGUUUGCAGCGAAGGUGACGGUGGACAAACUGGAGGAGGCAGACAGCCAAAGGAAAACUGAAGAGGAGGUGACAGAGCCUCAGCCGAUUGUGUUUGGCCAGCAGCUGAUGUUGACUGGCUCUCCUGCUCCAGUGGCUCCCCAGCCAGCGUACCCAGGCUACGGCUACCCUGCCGCCACCGUUGCGGGCUAUCCUGCUCAGCCCCCCACUGCGGGCUACCCUGCUCAGCCCACUGCUUAUGGCUUCAACAUAUAGAGGCCUGACCCUGCCUCUCCAGCCCCUCUCUCCUCUCUCCCCCCUACACACACUCACACACCUUGGACCUGAACCGUGCUGCUCUGGGUCUCAACUGGCCAAGUGACGACACGGAGACCCCUGAAACUCAACUCGGCCUUCAUUCCCCGAUGAGACUCCACCCAAGUUCACUGAAACUGCAAUAGAUAUCCUUCAUCUCUACUUUCUACACACACACACACACACACACACACACACACACACACACACACACACACACACACACACACACACACACACACACACACACACACACACACACUCUCUUUAAGAUGGCAUCAAGGCUGUUGGACCCCCCCUCCCGCCCCCCACUUCUCAUUGUUCCACUUGGACAUUAUAACUGCAUCACUGAUCUAUACAGCAUGAAGUCUCCUCCAGCUCCUAGAGGAAUUAACAUACCGAAGAUUAGUGACACCAAACCACUCUGUCCUGUUGCUGUUCCAUGUAGACUUUAUUAACCAUAGAGCAGCUUUUUUUCUUAUUUCCUAGAGAUUCCACACUGAUGAGGAAGAGACUUUGUUACUGAGGAGUAGAGGGGCGUGUGUGUCCCCCUCCCUGCUACAGCCGUGUAUACUUUGAGGAGGUGGCAAAAAAACAGGCUCAUUUGUUCAUAUUUAAUUUCACAACUGUCUCAUGCUAAGAUUAGAAAGACAGUUACUGUGCAAUAGUUUUUAUUUUAUUUUUUAUUUUUUUUGUCCUUUCACAACAGGUACAAAGUGUUUGCUGUAUACAGACGACAGCUUGUUUAUGAGGUUACGGUAGUGUGUGUGUGUGUGUGUGUGUGUGUGUGUGUGUGUGUGUGUGUGUGGCCUCUAAAGCCUUCGAAGGUUAAGUCGCCAAACCAAGAGACACUCAUUGAAAUUUCCACUCCCCUGCAGCCGCAAACCUAUUGCUUUGUCAGAGCGGUUUGAUCUCGUCAGUCGACUUUUCGGACUCAGAUACUGGACAUCAGGAGUUUCAGGAUGAUUGUGAAAAAAAGAGGAAAGAAAGGAGGUGAAAUAAUAAAAAAAAUGCUAUAUGCUGUAGUCCGUGCAUGUGCUGCCAAACUAUAAAGCUGCAAACAGGAGCACAAUUUCCAUGUUACACAAGUAUAUCAAGUAUUACUAAUGUUGUGUCAAAAACAAAGUGAUGUUCCAUGAAACUUUCUCACCCAACUAACAGAAACCGAUGAUGAAGCUCCGACAGACUUGAGAUGAAAACACAGGGGAACAUUAGCUCACAUUCUGGUGCCAGUUGGUUAAAAAAAAAAAAAAAUCAUUAUUGUACUGAAAACGGUGUAUAAUUUAAGAUAUAUUGAAAUACCUAACUAAUCCAAGAAUUCAAAUAUUAUGGAAAACCAUAUGUAUUGUCUAUAAUGUGUUGUUGUAGUCUUAAAAAGCAUAAUGAUUUUGUAAGAAAAGGACAAAAUGCAAAAACAGCAGGUUAAUAAAUGGCAAAGUCUUGACAAGGCUGCUAGAAGUGG